CAUUGUCUCAAUCUUAUGCAUUCAAAGCAAUUAUCAUUCAGCAGUAUACCUUUCAAAACAAUUUAUAUUUUCUUUACAGAGUUUUACAUCAAUCCAGAGUCAUUACACAAUAUUAUAUAAUACACACAUAUAUAGAUACAUAUAUAUCAUAUCUAUACAUAAGUAUAUAAAAUGUGUACACUGUAUGCAUUAUCUUAAAACUUGAACAAUAGAUUUGUAGCAAAGCUAAUGCCUAGAUGUGAACUGGUCAUAUCAGCAAAAAAUAAAUAUUUUUUACAUUGACAAUGUUAAUUUUUGUCCCUAAGCACAGCCUAAAAGGCAGCUUUGAAAGAUGUCAGUGACAGUUAUCCUAUUUUAUCCUAUUAUUUUUAAAUCCCCCCUCAGUAUAUUGCUGGAAAUAGAAAAUUCCAUUGUCAAAUAGUCUCUCUAAUCCUACAACACACUGUCCAUGGUUCACCUCUAACCUACCUUAAAGAUAGCAGAAAAUGGAAGUAUUUAUGUAUCUCGGCUCUACAAAAAUGAUUGAUUUGACAUAUAUCCCUAUGCACUGAUAAUAGUCAUGCAAACAAUUCCAUGAGCACAGGAAGAAAUGGUGCAGUAACUGCAACAGAGGCAAGAGGAGCUCAGCAGUGUGGCUGUGGAUGGGUUUGACACUGAACUGAUCAGUAGGAUGUGCAGCCUGUCACAAAACCAGCAUGGCCUUUGCUCCCUGCUGUUCUGCCCCAAAUGCAGAAACCACAGUGACACACCCAGGGUCCUGUUCAGCUGCACAGCUGAGCGUGGCCAAGCCUGGUCACCAAGACACCAAAGGAGAAAGGGACUAGAACUCCAGGCCAUGGCCAGUUUUGACCAGCAGAUGAAUCACUGUGUACUGAAGCCUCAGUUACAGACCAGGGUCUCUAGGGAGGUGCAGCCAAUCUGAAACUGGAGGCCAGCCAAGGGAAAAAGGUAAACUCUAGGACAAGCAGCCAACACCAUCAUUCACAAAAUUUAUAGGAACCUCACCUCCCUCUGAGACCUCUCUGCUCAUGUAUCAGACUUCACUAAAAUCAGCCGUCGGGUUUAAAAGAGAAGGAAGAGAAGAAAUAUGCCUAAAUUCACUUAGGCAUUAUAUAGCUAUAUGACAGAAGGUAUAUGAAAAAUAAUGAACCAUUAUCAGUCCUUUCAUUAGGUCCCAGAUACAUGCUAAUAAUCUCUAGUGAACCAACAGCAUACCCAUAUAUGCUGGAAAACUAUGAAAGAGCUUGGGAUAGACUAGGUUUACAUAACAGGUAAAGUUUUGUGCAUCUCACAUGAGUCUCUCUGUGCUUUAUAUUGGGUGCAUAAAAAUGUUGGACACAGCUCAGCUGGAAGAAGUCAUCUUUCCCCUGUCUCUCAAGCAUUUUCCAGUUUGUCUCUCAAGGCAAGCAUUCUGUUCUGUAAUGUCACUAACCCCAUUCAUUUUGCUCCACAGUGUUCCACUGGUGCCUAUAAUGGUGAUAGGAAAAAUGUGUUCCUGAAUGCUGUGAUUGGCACUGUUAAUGACCAUGACACUGCAGAGCUGCUCUGUGCUUCAGCAGGGUUAGCUGAUUUCAAGACCUGAAUUUCCAUUUAGCAAGGUAAACCAGAAGUAUUGUAUAACUGUGGGAAAGCAUUUUUGCUGAAAAUCAAAUGUUAAAAACACAUAGACAAAAGGACUAUACAACAUAGUCUGAAAAGGGGUGAGGUGCACAAAACCACAAACCAAAACACUUUGUUUAAAAAAGAAAAUCCACAAGCUUUCUAGAGCUUACAGACAACACUCCUAAAAUCAGUGUAACACUAUAGUAAAUUAACAGAGCUUUUGAUGUUAGUGGUCCUGAGGUGCUGGCUUGCAUUGACAGGAAACCUUUGCCUGUAUGGCAUGCUCCCCUUCUACCGAAAAGUCAUUGACACAGUGCCAUAUGGUAAGAUAGGGGAACAGUCACUGAAGAGGCCAAGGUUGCUUAGCUGUGCAUCAGAAACAAAACAUCAUUAGCAUGGCCCUGGGUCAGUGCUCCCAAUUCAACUUCUAAAUUCUGGAAUACUUUCUACCUGUUUUUCACCAGAUUGUUUUCAUAUUAUUUGAUAGAUAAGCCUCACACAAAAAUCAUGCUUUUCACCCAUGGUGAUUUAGUCAUGAAUUCCUAAUGUGUUCAGCUGCUUUCAAAUAUUUUGGUUGUUGAAUUGUACCACUGUGAUGUAUUCGCAUUACCGUAUGUCAUGCAGAGAAAAACAAAUAGUGUAUGGAAUGUAUUUACAGUGGUUGAAAGACAUAUUUUAUUGUAGAUUAUACUAAAAGAUCUACAAUUAAUUGGAUUAAUUAAACAGCAGAUGAAAAUACAUUAAAUAAAUGAAUCACUAUUUCUGUAAGACCAUUCCGUGUGUCUAUGCAUAUGCUUCAACAAAUCCCAUCUACAAGAUUUGUAAGGAAUGCUAUUUUAUUUUUUUGUAUAGAGAAAGAAAAAAGUAUUCUCCCUGUUCCGCAUUCAAUUACCAAAACACCAACAGGUUUUCUGGCAUAGAAAGAGAGUGGAGCGACUGGAUAUAGCAGGAACUUUACUAAGUUUGGUUCACAUUCUCUUGAUGUUCUGGCAAGAGGUUCUUCCUCCUACCUAGGCGUGCAGGUAAAAAUAGUCUUCCUGAGGUCUGCAGCUGAGGGUCCUGCUGUAGGUACUGUCACUGAGGCAUCUUUACAGUGCUGCCCACAUUAACUAAAAACUGUUGAUGGAAUAAGAAUUUCAAUGCUUUCCACUAACAAAACUGCAAGUUCAGAACAAUUCACAUAAAAAGACUUGUUAUACAGACACAUAAGACAGUGACUACUCUCCACUAUGAAAAAAAUCUAACCAAACAACCCAAAACUUGAACUAAAGAAAUUGCAUAAGGAUUACAUUUUGAAUAUUACAUUAUUUAUAUAUUUCCAUGGAGAGAUCCAAGAUGAAAGUAUUAGAAAAAUGCUCUCGAGUAUUCUCAACCAUUCAAAAAUACUAUCACCACAAAUGUAUCAUCUUGAAACUACUUCAGAUAGUGUGAAGUUCCUUUUUUUUUUUCCUUCUAUGGGGCUUCAUCAUGAUCUGCAUCACUGUGGAUGUGACUGGCUUUAUCUUUGUUAAGUCAUUUGUUAUCACUCAUCCUUGGCCAUAAAAACAAGCAUUUCAGUAAUUCUUCAGCACAGUACAAUACACAUAUGGUGCACAAACAGCAGAGACAACAUAUGAACCUUUCUUUGACUCACUAACACUCUCUUUUCUCUUUUUCCCUCUAAUCAUACAUGUAAAACCACCAUUUCUGAAGUCCAGCAUUUUAAAAAUGUACCUUAUCUUUUUUGCAGGCACAAGUAAUUAGCAGUGCAAUUUAACAUUGCUAAUUACCCGUGGCCACCAUUAAGUUCAUUUGCAUUUUUAACUACCUGAUAUGCAAGUAAAGUCAAGUAUUCCAUGUCCACACUGCUUAAAUUGCACAAUAACUGAACUUAACACUGCAACACUGAUGUAGCAGUUUAUCUACAAAACCUAAAGGCAAAAGAUGUGUCCAGUCUUUCAAAUGCAGUCCUAGUGAACAAACUGGUGAAAGCCAUUUAGAAGCCUAAGGAUAUAGGUAAGUAUCUAAAGGGAUUUUUAGAAGUACAUAGGUGCCUCAUUCCUAUUAGAGUAAUGCAGAGCAGUUUUUCUUUGCAGGACAAAGCAUUUUUCAGAUGUUUGGCAGAUAAGUUUUUUUGUAUUUAAAUCUUCAUUUAUUCCUGUGUAAAAGUGCAGCAUAGAUCUGCUUUUAAGAAUCAAACUAAUUUUCAAAGGCAACUAUGAAGUAUUUUUUAAAAUACUGAAUUAAAUGUUCUUGAGAAGUAUUUAUAAAACAUCAGAAGGUCUGGCUAAAUGCUAACAUUAAAAAUAUAAUUAUUACCCAUAAGAAUUGUUAUAGUCACAUGAAUGCAAUUUUGUUGCAGGUGAAAACCUGCAUCACUGAGGCAGAGACCACUAAAGAGAUUUUCAGUGUGGGGUGAAAUUUAUGUUUGUGUGGAGAGCCAGCCCAGGAGCCAGACACUGCCAACAAAUGUCUUUACUCUGAAAACACUUCCCUAAGGAUAAGAACCAAAUAUAUUGCAGGUGACAUUCUCUAUUGUGCAGGGGUCCUACACAGGUCUCUGUAUUAUAUAAGUUCUACUUAAAUACUGCUUCAAAGUUGCACAAAUCUACUGCACGGGCAAGAAAGUUCCCUUGAAAAAAUUCCUUGAGCCUUUUGAAAAGGAAGCCCUUUAGUAGCAUCUAUCACAGUUUCUCAAGCAAUACAUAAAUCUCGUGCUGGCCUCUGCACAGGGGUAGGCACACCUUGUAGAUUAUUUCUCCUGUGUUGUAGAAAUAUUGGAAAAUCCUACAGUUCUUAAAUUCACAUUAUGCAGAUUGGGUUGACAUUGCAAAUAUACAAAAUUCAAGACAGUCAGUAAACACAUUAAUUACUGAAAUGUUUUUGCUAUUGACAACUUCUGACCCCAUACUGAAAUCCUCAUUCCACUGAAAUAAUUGAUAGACAUUACUGACCUUAGUGAGGACAAUAUCUCAACCCAUCUUUUCAACUGUAAUCAUUAGUCUUUCUUUUAACCCAGUCUCUACCUCAGACUCCAUUAGUGAGAUUUCUCAGUGUCAGACUUCUCAGAAUCCUCUCCCAUUCUGAGGAAAGGGUUCAAAACCAUGGGAGUCAUGCAGCAUCCUCACCAGGUUCACAACUGUGAAUUUCAAGGCACAUAUCCUCAAAAGACAUAGAUGGUAACUACCCCAAAUGCUGCUUACACACCAACAAAUUCCUCUGCAAUAGUAUUGAACUGUGCCCCAUGUCUGCACUCAAGCUCCUGGCUCCUUGGCCACGUGCACCCAAGCAUCACCACAUGGGAGAGAACUGCCCAGACCUGCAGAUGAUAUCAAAGACUGAGUAUAUCAAAGUAGGAUUCUCCAAAAAAUGGUCUUGAUCUGGGAAUGGACUUAGUGGAUCCAAUCCACUAAAUAGCGUUCCUUGGUCAUUCUUGAAUAGUACCUAAUUUGGAAAAAACCUCUAAAGACUUGGAAUACAGAAUCCUCAGUCACCACCAACAAAGCCGAGUAUUUCACCAGUUAUUUUCUUGACCAUGAUACUUAAGUAACUCAAACAGGAAAAAAUGAAAGAGCUCUGUGCCAUAACUCUCAAGAACUUUAUAGUAGAGUUGUCCACACCUGGAGAUGGUUCUCAUCUUUGAUCUAAAUCAGAAAAUCAGCAAAAUUGUCUUGUCUCUUUCAUUUUCUAGUGAAAGUUCUAGUCAGUCUGCUGCUAGCUCUAAUAAGGUGCAUGAACCCUCUUGUGCUUGUACUUACUUACACUCACACUCUCUUCUUCUACCCUUCAUGGGGCACAGCAGUAAAUGAGUAAAUGAGUAUGAAAAGAAAAAAGUCAAGGAAAGCUAUUUAUUUCCCUAAGAGUAAUCACUUCUUCUGAUAUGCUUUUUUGGGACCAAAGGUCCUCUGUGUUUUAAAGCCUCCUUUGUGUUGCCCUCAGUGUUAACCCCCUUAUAUUGUGUGGUGGACAAUUUAUUCAAAAUUCAGGAUCCUUCCUUGUGCCAAAACCCCAAGAAAUUCUUCUUGGCUACCCCUAAUCCACUCACUAUGCAACUUGGGCUGCCUCAGACUUCUUUUUUUUCUGAACCUUUCAUAUCUCUAGUCCAGCUGUUUUGAAGAACUAGUUACCACAGACCUCAUCACCUGUCCGUACAUAUCUCUUCUCCCUGCCUUCCAACUGUUCUUGCUUUCUGGAGCCAUCUCUUUCUGACAUCUGCCUUCACCUUCCAGAUUCUCAGCCCCAUGACUCUUGGAUUUUUUUCUCCUACAUGGAGGACAUGACCUGCUACCUAUACAACAGUUUAACACAGCAUCAUGUCACUCUUACUUUGCAACAGAGGUUUCUCUUGACUGACUCUACCCUUACAAUGAACAGAAUGGAGUUCAAACCAUAUGAUGGACUUUAGAUUUGUGACUCAGAAUGAGAUGAUCUGCUCCCUAAUGCAUGCCUUUCUCAGUGAUUUCUAUGAUAGGAAACUAACUUUGUUAUGUGGCCCUUCAAUCUAGAUGUCUACAUUUUGUUGAACAAAAUUAGAACACUUGUUCUCAGGUUAUGCCUCUGAUGCCAAAUGGGUUUAUGCAGAACUGGUGGGUGAACACUGAAUGAAUCCUGAAGUUCACAGGUUACUUCUAAGCAGUUUGUUACAGGUCUAAAAGGAGAGCGAGUUUAAAAUGUUAUAUAGCAACAUAAUUUUGUAACAUCUCUACAAGAAAGCCCAGACAGAAAAAAAGUUAAAACCUGCUGCACUGGAUCUAUUUUAUGACAACGAUGAUUGUGCUUACUCCUAACAAAAAAUCAUCAUUCUUACACAUUCCAGAGUGUAAGAAUAGGCCCUGACCAUGACCUUGUCAUUCAGUACUACAUAUUAUAAAUCUUCCUAAUCUUGCAUUGCAAAUGUUUCAUUUCCUUGCAUGGCAUUUGGAGAACUCUAUAUUAGAGAGACCAUUGAAGCUACUUCCUUACCCUUCACAUUUUAAGAAUGACUUCAAAGGUCAUUGUUCAUAUUGCUGUGGAUAUGUAUAUUUAACAACAAAGAAAGGAGGGGGGUCUGCACAGCUUAGGUGAUUGCAACAUGAGAAGUGCAACUUGAAGUAGUAACUUUAACAACCACCCAAUUUUUAAAAGUGAAGCUAACCCCUGCCACCCCCAAGAUGACCCCCAUCCUGUCCUCAUAAUUAUGUUUGCAGAAAAAAUUAAAAAUUGUAUGGCACCUGAGCUUUGUGUCAGUUUUCUGCCUAAGAAUAAAUUUAUCUGAAACAAGUCACCUGGUUGAAGUAGUGUGAUGUUGGUUUUAAGUACGUGUAUUUUCCAGUGGCAGCAGACCCCUAGGCUUGGUCAGGCUGCUACUGAAGCUAAUUUUGUGGUUUGGCAACCAAUUCCAAUGCCUUUUAGUGAGUGUCAAAAAAAAGAACCCAAACCUGACAACAGCCUUAAAAAAUGCCUGUAGUCUACUAACGGUCUCACGGAUGUGACACACAUUAUGAAUCAACCCUAUAAAUCUGUCCCACAGAAGGAUUUAUUCUGGCUUGAACGGAAGCUCCCAGCGAAGAAGUUCCUCAGGAUCCAAAUCUCUCGACCCAAAGCAAGCUGUUCCUCAACUGCCUUGCGGCCAAAGCGAAUCACUCUUGGGGCAUGGCUUUCACGUUCCCACUUCUCCCGGAUAAACUUCCACAGAACCCGAAGAGGCGGGAGGGCGGAGGGAUCCCGGUCCUUCCCGCUUCCUCCCGGUUUAGCCUCGGCGGCACCAGCGAGGGUCAGUGCCGACGGGUGCGGAGGCCGGCGGGAGGCCCCUGCGGCGGCCCAGGCUGCAGCCCGCCGCCUCCCGCGCCGCCGCCCCGGCCCACCGGCCCGCAUGACAUCAUCGGGCCGGCUCGGCAUCGAUCCCCGCCGGCCGCCGGCUCGGGCGGCGCUCCUCCGCGGCGGCCGCCGCUGCCGCCCUGCGCGCCGAGGGGCAACGCGGGCCCUGCCGCGGGCGGAACGGGCUGACACCCCGCUCACCGCCGCCGCCAUGCAGCGGGCGCGCUGACGGCUCUGCGCCGGCUUCGGGCUGCGCGUCGGGAAGCUGCUCCGGACUGCCGGGGGAACGGCGCGGCGUCCUCACGGCCCCGCGGCUGAUGCGCCCUCCGCGAACAACGGCACUUGUUAAGGAGCCCUCCCUGGCUCGGGGGUCAGGAAGAAGGAAUUCACCGGGUGGGAAUCGGGAGGAAGGAAAACGAGCCGCGAGCGGGAGGAUCAAGCGGCGGCAGCUGAAGAAGCCGCCCGGUCGCUCUCCUGACAGGCUGCGACGCGCAGCGCGGCGGGCGCUUCCAGACCCCCGUCGUAAGCGAAUGGGGCGGGAGGGGGAGCCCAGAGGCAUAAACAAGGAGCGCAGGACCUAAUUCCUUCCCCUCCCUUUCCUCACUGGCUUGCCCAGGCUCGCCAAUAGAUCCAGCUCGGCUAUACAUCGCGAUGGGAACGUGCUGCCAAGGAGGCUGCCUUCCCGUCGCUGAGGACGCUGCCUUCCCCUCACUGAGGAGGCUGCUGCCGCCGGGGCUGCCUGCACACCACUGAGGACGCUGCUGCCGCCGCCGAGGUUGCCGUGCCCUCUCUGAGACAGCAGCAGCUGCCGCCGCCGAGCCUGCCGUGCCCUCAUCGAGGAGGCCGCCGCCGCCGCGUUACAGGGAGAGAUUGUGGCGCUGCGACAGGGGAGGACGGGGCUCGGCGCGCAGGGGGGAGGCGCGGCGAGCAUGCGCCGCCCGAGCCGCUGACUGGAUCCUCGGCCAAGGAACCGAGGCAAAAAAAAAAAAAAAAAAAAAAAAAAAAAAAGGAAAUUAAAACAAAAAAAAAAAAAAGGAGAAAGGAAAAGGAUUGAGAGAAAGAAGAAUGAAUGACGGCAGAGGAGAAUAGAAAAGACCGCCAGGGUAAAUCAGCCCCCGGUCGGCGGGAAGGAGCAGCUCUGGCAUGUGGGGAUCUCCGCACCAACAGAUAUUUUGAUGGCAUGACAAAUCAGAAAUCAGAAAGAAGAGGAUGUACUGUAUGACUAGACACAAGAUCAGUUCUGUUUGUGGAUUACAUUUUCAGUAAGAUGUAUGGAUCUAUUUUUUCCUUGUUCUUAAAUAUAGAUCAUGAGACUUGACUGAGGCAAUAUACAUAUCAUCCAUCCAUCUAUGGCGAACUACAGCCAUGCAGCUGACAACAUUUUGCAAAAUCUCUCUCCUUUAACAGCUUUUCUGAAACUGACUUCACUGGGUUUCAUAAUAGGAGUCAGUGUGGUGGGUAACCUUCUGAUCUCCAUUUUGCUAGUCAAAGAUAAGACCUUGCAUAGAGCUCCUUACUACUUCCUGUUGGAUCUUUGCUGCUCAGAUAUCCUCAGAUCUGCAAUUUGUUUCCCUUUUGUUUUCACCUCGGUAAAAAAUGGCUCUACGUGGACGUAUGGGACUCUUACUUGCAAAGUGAUUGCCUUUUUGGGGGUUUUGUCCUGCUUUCACACUGCUUUCAUGUUAUUCUGCAUAAGCGUCACGAGAUACUUAGCAAUUGCCCACCACCGUUUUUAUACGAAAAGACUGACCUUCUGGACUUGUUUGGCUGUUAUCUGUAUGGUGUGGACUCUCUCUGUAGCCAUGGCUUUCCCCCCAGUUUUAGAUGUGGGCACCUACUCAUUCAUUAGGGAGGAAGACCAAUGCACUUUCCAGCACCGUUCCUUCAGGGCUAAUGAUUCAUUGGGAUUUAUGCUUCUUCUUGCCCUCAUCCUCCUAGCCACACAGCUUGUCUACCUCAAGCUGAUAUUUUUUGUUCACGAUCGCAGGAAAAUGAAGCCAGUCCAGUUUGUUGCAGCAGUGAGCCAGAACUGGACUUUUCAUGGUCCUGGAGCGAGUGGUCAAGCAGCUGCUAAUUGGCUGGCUGGAUUCGGAAGGGGUCCCACACCUCCAACCUUGCUGGGAAUCAGGCAAAACGCCAACACCACAGGCAGGAGGAGGCUACUGGUUUUAGAUGAAUUCAAAAUGGAGAAGAGAAUCAGCAGAAUGUUCUACAUCAUGACAUUCCUCUUUCUGACCUUGUGGGGUCCCUAUUUGGUAGCCUGUUACUGGAGAGUUUUUGCAAGAGGGCCUGUAGUACCUGGGGGAUUUCUAACAGCCGCUGUCUGGAUGAGUUUUGCCCAAGCUGGAAUCAAUCCUUUUGUCUGCAUUUUCUCCAACAGGGAGCUGAGGCGCUGUUUCAGCACAACCCUUCUUUACUGCAGAAAAUCCAGGUUACCAAGGGAACCUUACUGUGUUAUAUGAGGGAGCAUCUGUAAAUCUUUAGCCUUGUGAAACACUACCAUUCUCUGCUAAGCAAUUGUGGCCUGUAGCCAUGUCUUGAGGAGAAAAUCAAGAAUGGGACGUCAGCAGCUGUAAGGAUUUGGGCAACAUUCUGCAGUCUCUGCAAUAGCUCACCUCUAAUCCUGUUUUAAACCUAAACAUGUUCCUGCUGACCACUGCUGAAGGUUUGUAAUUAAGAACAAAGGACUGAACUACUGCCCUGAAUUCCUUUAUGUGGUUGAAAUCUAGAUUAUGAAAGUAGCAGGUGCUAAGUAUCAGUGCUAAAUGCUGUGUAUAUCACUACAUAAAAUAAGAACAUCAAAAAGAUUAGCAUUGGACAUCUUAAUAAAUUAAGUUGAUAUGAGGUUAAUGUGUUGAUAAAACUAAUUUUAGACAUCUGAAGACCUUUAAAACAUUUCAUACAAUUAUUAUUUUGCAAAGACUGAAAACUGGGGACUCAAGUACUGUAACUGAUUAAAGAUGUGCCAUGCAUUAUUGGAUUAUCACACUUACAAAUCUGUUUGCCUUGUAAGUUUUGGGGAGCAUUCCAAAGCAGUAUUUUUGUUCAGAUUUUGACUUUAAUUUUUUUUUCUCCAAAUAUAUUACUCUUUCUAAUUACCAUUUUCCUUAACAGUGAAAUUACUAACAUUUAACUGUAUUCUGUGUUUUUUGCUGAUUUGGUAUAAAGUUUAAUAGACUCUUAUUUAUAUUUUUUAAAAAGCUAGAUAUCAGUCUGUUAGGCAACGUUAAUGAUAAUAUCCAGUCCUAAUUGAACAGUUAUAAUUAUACAGAAUAAACACAUGUUGCCUUAAAGGGUUAUCUAGUAUCUUCCAUUUUGUUUAGCAUUGAAGCAAAUAAGCAAGGAAAAUUGAAUCAAUAACUCUGGUCAGUCAUUUGGGAGUGCAUGAAACAUCACUUAGUCCUCUUUUUUCCUUUUUACUCCAAUGGUUCCCAAAAUCAAUAUGCACAUCACUGGGAUGAUAUGAUUUUUUUCUAGGUGUGCCGCCCUUUCUAGUUUGUUCUGGGAAACACAGGCAGUUGAUGUAUGUUUAUAUUUUAAGACAGCUGUCAUGGGGAGACCGCAGCCUUAGUAUGAUAUCUUGCACAAUUUGUGAAGCAUUUAUUCUACUGAAGGCACAGUCUUGUUUAUAUUUUCUGCACAUUUUGGUGUAUUGGUUGUUUUAAAUUAUUUAAGUUUUAACUUGUGAAAGCAUAUACUAUGAUUUCUUAGUAUUUUAGAAAUACAUUAGAGUCUGUGAGUCUUUCCUUCUUUAAGAUACAGAUGUGUGGAUUUCAAUAUAAAGUUGCAUUUGCCAAAAUUUACCUGUGUAGCUUGUUAAUUUUCUUGGAAUAAAAUUUUACAUUUUUCCAGUUAUACAAUUAACCUUUUUAUUUUGUCUAGUGAGCUAGCAUGAAGUACUGAGAAUGUAGCCAUUAUGAAUUAUUAUCCUUUGCAGUCACUGUAUUCCCAAACUGUAAAUGCAUGAAUGAUGGGGACCACAGGAUUGAUAAAUGAUAUUAUCUGCAGUAGCACUAUUGUGUAGUUUAUCAUAAUUACCCAUCUAUCUGUUCUAAUAUGUCAGUUAUAUUUAAAGUUACAACACAGUAUUUGACAUUAACUUCACAGUUUAAUUUUGGAAAAUGUGUAUAACUGAAGCACAAAAUCAUGAGUUGAUCAGUCAUAAAGAACACAGAUUUUUCUUAAUUUUGGGAGAGACAAGACUAGAGCUCUGAAUUCAGUAUUGGUACAUCUUGUCCUUUGUUGCAGUUUUAUGACCAGCAAGUUAACGUAUGUGUACACCAGUAGCAGUCAAUAAUGGAAAUGCUUAAAUUUGUGUGAAACAUUAUAUAACAUAUGCAACAAUUCAGACAGUUGUGUCUAUAUGUGAUCAGACAACUUGAUCAAAGAUUUGGUGAGCAAUCUGUUUGACCUCACUUCCACUUUUAUACUGAGGUUGAUUGGUGAGAGGCAUGGCUUUAUAUACUGUGUUGAAACAGAAAAAAUGCUGAAAUAAUGAGUCCUCAUCAGUAUAGGAAUGUUUCAGAACGUAAUUUGAAAUGGGACCAAUAAACUUUUACCAAAAGGACAUUUUUAUUACACUGGAAAAGGCUUUGAAAUGAAGGUAGUUAAGCAAUUGUCAAAGAUAGAAGGAGUGAAUAAAAACUCAAUCAUAUGUUGAGAAAAAUUCUGAAAGUUAUCCCACUUAAGUUUAUUAAAAGGUUGAUUGGCAAUAACUUCAGUCUAAUUUCUUUAAAAUAGUAACCUUUACAAGGAACAUUGAUAUUACAUAUUGUAAUAAAAAAGUACAUAUAAAUAAAGUUGUAAAUAGUAUAGAGUUGUAGAAGUAGUCAGUUCUGAGGAUUAGCCAGAAAAUUUUCAACUAUGAAAUUUCAAAAGCUGCAAAUCUGGGGCCUGACCUAACUCUUAAUAAAGUUAGUUGGUGUUUUCCCAUUAACUUCAUUUGGAGCAGAAGCAGGCCCUAGCAAUUCUAUAGUACUAUUCUUCUGAAAUACUAAGAAGGCUGUAUUUACUAUGCAGUGGGAAAGAAAAAAAUUAAAUUAUUUCCCUGGAAGUUUUGCAAGGAGCAACUGAUGUAAAUUAAAAUAAUAAACAGUAAACAAAUCUGAAAGCAAAUAUUUUGAUAAAUGUUUUUCUUUUGAUAUGAAUAUAAUUCUUUUGGCUAUAUGACAAUACUGCAUUGCUACCUGAGAAAGGGCAGGUAGUUUUUAGUAAGUGGAUUUUUAAGAAUUGUGCCAGUAAGAAAUCUUGUGACAGAAAUAUUUAGUUUUAUUUUUCUCCAGUGUUAAAAGGACAAGGGGCUGUUCAGUGAAAUUAAAAGCCAACAUAUAAAGUAGCAUUUUAUGCAAUGUUAUUACUCAGUGGAACACACUGAUACAGGAUGUCAAGUAGUUUAGAGAGAUUCCUCAAAGAACUGAAUGUAUACAUGAAUUAAAGCAGUGCUUGCACUUUUUGCCAUCAGUGUCAUUUUGAUCCCAGUCAGCAUAUCAAAACUAAUGUAUUAAGGUAUAAAUUCAAAGGAGCAAGAAGGUUCAUUCCAAUUCCGUUCACUGUUGUGUCACAGUAUGAAGAGAUUUUGCUUUCAUUUUAGUACAGGGGUUGAGCUAUUGCAAAAGCUAGAAUACAGGGCUGGUAGAUUAGUCCUUUCUGAAAAGAAUAGCAAAGAAUAUCGCAAUAUUUUAUAUCUGCAUUGAUCUUUAAUGUUCAUUGGUAGUGUUAAGUCAAUAGUUUUAAUUUUCUGAUUAGAGAGGGGAAAAAAAGAACAGAUUCCCUGAAAAAAAGACUUUCUGCCCCUGUUCCUUUCCUGCCCUCUGUUGCCCCACAGCCCUUCAGCAGCCUCUCCAUGAAUCCUUCUACAAGAGCAAAUGUUCCAUACACUGGGUAGUGUAUUUCUCCUGCUCCUGGAGAAGUGUCUCAGCCACUCCUCCUGCCCAGCAGAUAACUCCUGCAGCAGCUUCCCAGGGUUUGGCAGUGCCUGGUUUCCCCCCCUGAGGAUGGAGAGGCACUGCCAGUUCCUUCCAGCUGCCCUUGUAGUUCAUGGAUCUCAGGGCACUUGGCUAGCACACUGGAUAUCUCUGUCUUCGUCUGGCUUUGCUCGUGAAGUAGAUGCUGUUUAUAUUAUGCAAACAAAAAUGAGAAUGGGGAGGGGGCAGCAGGAAACAACUUUCCCUCUCACAAAUUUUUCACAAGGAAACCACUGUUUUUGUCGCAUUGCCCAAGAGCACAUUGUGUUUUAAAAGCAUAAUCGGUGUUAAUUACCCUCUAAAUGAAUAAAAUGUACAGUUAGCCAAUUAAGUCAAGGGUUUUGGUACAGCUGAAAAGUCUUAUUAUAAAAUGGCUUUUUGUCAGUCUCUAGGCCUUGGGGGCAGAGGAGACUACUCUGUCUGCUUUUAAGUGCAUUGUGUUUGUUCACUUGUUUUGCUUUUGCUUUAACUUUCAAGCAUCUCAACAUUUUAUUUAUAUUAAUAGGAAUCCAGUAAUGCAGCAGGCUUUUAUCACUCAUGGGUUUAAAAAAUAAUAUUAAAGGGAACUCUGAUGAUUUUUGUGGUGAGUUAGGGAGGUGUUUUGGCAAGGAAUUGGUUUUUAGCAAAUGUUAAAUAAACCUGUAGGCUGCUGGGCUCUUCCAUAGUUGCACAGUCAGUUCUUCAUUAUUGAAAGUAGCAAUGGAAUAGACUAACCCACAUAAAGGUAACACACAGGUAAUAUAAAGCAUGUCCACAUUAGAUAAGAACUUCCUUUGUGUAUUACAUUUAUCAAGAAUGGAGUUAAACUCAAGUAAAAGUGAGAUCAGAAAUCCAAAGAAGAAUGGUGGGUGUUUUUCCUUUUUUUUUUGCUUUGUUUUAGCAUAGCACUGCUAAUCUGCAACCUGGGUUACACACCCACAUACAACCGAGAGUUGCCUGUACAAUUCUGCAUAGCACAUAGGCAACUUCCUUCUAGUUUAUAUUCAUUGAGAGCUCUAUGAGUGCACACUACUAAUCUGAUUGACUUUUCAGAGGAAAGAGAAGGCUCAGUCAGAGAUACUGCUCUUCAAAAUUAAAAUUCAAUAGAACUUCUCUGCUUUUGCAUACUUCAGUGAUUUUGAGUGUGAAGAAAUCAGUGACUUAAAUCAGCCAUGAUCAUAAGUGUACUCUGGCCAUGGCCAUUAAAAAUAGGACAAGAUGACAUUUUGCAAUGCAUAUGCAACAAAUCAAAGAGUUUGACAUUAUACACAAAGACUUUGUGUGAGUGGGCUGAAAACAGUUCAUAUUAUUAUUUUAGAAAAAAGUAUGAUGCAGCUAUCCAUUGAAAUGGAUAAAGCCUUUAACUAUCCAGUGUAGAAAAAGAAGAGGAACUUUAAAAAUUGCUCAUUAUAAAUAGUAAACAGUUUUGGUGGUGUUUUUGUUCAGCUGAACUGUGUAAUUAUAUAACUAUAUGAUGAUCAAAGGAGUGUCACAGUAAAUAAGUUAGAUUUUUUUAGUAGUCUAGAAAGGAAAUAAGUAACAACAGUCUUCAGACAUUUGAAAUGAAGUAAUUACAGUAAUCUACAUGUUUCAUAAAAUUUAGGUAACAAAAUUAUUAUUUAUAUUUUCUGUACUUACUGAUUUAUGCACUUAAAGAACAAUGUCUUUAGAUAGUGAGUUGGCUUCUGCAGCCCAAUGAGAGAGUUCAUUGUAUCACAGGUUUUGUACUAUGCUUUGUAUGUAAUAAGCACAAGAGAUAUAAAACCAGAAUUUAUCUGAUAUCAACUUCAAACUCUGCAUUAGGUACAGAACUUCUCCAAAUGGUAGGCAUAUUACUGUCUCCAGAGAUUAUUCAAAACUAGUCUGUGCUACUUUACAAGAAUUCUACUUCACCUUUGUUAAAGAGCAGUCUGGUUAAAGAUGCGUAUUUAUUUUCAUUCUAUAACCCUCAAGUUCAGGCAUGCUCGCAUCCUUAUGCAAAUUGAAGAAAUUGCUAGAAAUAGGAAGUUUUACCAUAUAAUAAUCUUGGUGAGUCAGGUUCUUGAGAUAGUAUAAAAGGGUGGCACAGAUAUUCAGUGACUACUCUAGGCAGAAGGUGUAAGGAUGCAAAAAAGUAUUCAUCCCUGUUUAGGAGCAGUUUAAAAUCCUGCUGUUUGGUGUCCUAUAGUGAAACCAUCCUCUGUGGAACUGGCCCACCACAGGCCUGCAACCCACUCCGUGUUGAGUUUAAGCAGAACUUUGGUUGCACAGUCUCUGAGUACUGAUGGGAGAAAUUCAGCAUUAGCAGACGUCAGAAAUUCCUAGACAAUAUUCGUAGGCUACAGAAAAGGGAUAGUUGCUUGUCUCCUCAAAACAGAAGUUACAGAAUAAACAGAGGUGAAGAGAGAAAUGAUUAUUGUAAGCUGCUUGGGAUUUCAUGCACUCUUGGCCCCCUCAGAGGUGACUGAGACCUGUUUCGUUUUUGACUUUGUUUGGAUUUUGUUUGUUUGUUUUGAAAAUGCAUGCUAUCUCAGUUGCUCUAUUCCAUCCCACCCAUUGCCAGCAAAACUUUUGAUGUCAUGCCUAAUCAAGUCUGUAUAUUCUUUAAAUUACAUAUCUAAUAGUACAAUGUAUUUGUAUCUUUGCACUGAUUAUGCUGAUAUGUAUCACUGUUUCUUCUUGCUCAUUUCCAUAAGAAUUUCCUGUUUCAAACACGCAAAUCCAAUUUUUUAAAUUAGGGUAUUCUACAGUUGUGUUUCCUGAUUUUUCUGUGAAGGCCUUUUAAGUUUUUGAUGUUUCUCCUGUUUGUGCCAAAACACUAAAUGCAGAUUCUUAGGACACAUCGCAGGGAACAAUUAAUUCGUUUGACUGAAGGACUGUCUGGACAUCAUGAAACUGGAAAUGUAUAUUUAAGUCCUGUACAAUAAUUUAUGGUAAUGGCUGGGCUAUAGAUCCGAUAGUGGUGGGACUGCUGGAAUAGGAUAUUUUGGUAACUGUGGCUUUAAAUUACAUCGUAAGACAUUUAGCACAAAGGAGAAAUGCUCCUUUUGUAAGAUAAUUAUGUAAAUGAAAAGUAAACACACACACAGAUGAGUACAGUUCAAUAGAAUUUUGAUUAACGUAUUCAGUCAUAGCUGUAGCAAGAUGGGCAUAAAGCAAAAACAAAAAGAGGAAGUAUCUUACCAUUGGAAACCUAAUCCUUAUAAGUUUGGCUUGAUUCCUACAAUCCCUACUCUAGGAAAAUUUUCCAUCUCUUUUAUGGAAACGCAUCUCAAUAAAGACUACAAGAUCUUGGUAAUUUAUAUCAAUGUUUAUGUUUUUUACUAGACUAGUUCUCAGUGUGAGCAUGACACAGCAGGACUGUAAAUGUAAUCUCUGUUACAGUGUAAAUGCAAAAGCAAUCUUUCAAUGAGUUUCGAGAGAGAGUCUAUGUGCACAUGGAUAUAUUUCUCAGAGUCUCCAAAAUAAUGUACAAUAGUUGAUACCAAGUAGGGACAGCUCAAGCCCUGGAAGGGCAUGAGGUAUCACACUUGAGUAUGAUAAGUGAGUUUAAAUUCAGAUGCAAGGAAGCUGAGGAACAUUUGGUAAUAAUUUCCCAUGUUAAUGGUUGUAAAUAAUGCUUUUGGCCUAAUUUGUAAACCUCCUUCUAAGUUCCUAAGUAGUGGUAAGGGCAUCUGCAGUAGGUGGGGUGUAAUGCUGCAGCUGAGUCCUUAUGUCCACUUAUUUUAGAUAGGGGUGGAUGAAAGCAGUGCACAUUAUAUAGCCUGGUUUUAACCACCUCGCAUGGUACUAACAUGCCCUAAGCUGAUCAGCCCAUAGAUCUGCUUCAGAAGCAUCAUUUGGUCACAGUCACAUUUUUGAAACUUUUCUCCAGUGUUUUCUGUGAGUAGUUUCUGUUUGUAAAAGGUAGAAAGAAAUGUGCGUAAAGGGAUUGUGUAUGUUGAGCGAGUCCUUUUCAAUCCAGCCUUGGAGUGAGGAUUUUUGUAAGAGUGCAGAUAGGUGUGGAAGCCCCUCAUAGUUUUACCACAUCUGUCAGAUACACCUGUUCUUUGGCAGAGAUAGGAUACAUGCUCACAAGGGUCUCACACGGUGUCCUUCUGUCAGCAUCCAGUCUCCCUUUCCUUUGUACACCGCCAGAAAGACAGACACCAUUGUUUGUGGGGGCACUUCAAUAGAAAUGACCUUUCUCUAAGAGAUACAUUGUCACAAAAGCUGAGAUUUGCUGUAUCCUUUUGUAUCAGAGAAAGCAAAUCAAAUUUGUAUGUUUUGUAUUAAAACUUCAUGUUGAAUUUUAUUUUUGGCAUACUAACUGAAAGGCAGUAUCACAGAAAGACCAAUUGUUCCCCCUAAACCAGGAAGAUCACCAGUCUAACUGGUAAACAUACUUUCAGUUGGGAAUAUUAUGAUCCUUUUUUAUCAGUUAAAUAAAUAUAUGAUAUGAUAAGAAUUAUUGCAAUAUUUGAUUAUACUAAAGCCCUGAAAGGGUUAAUUUUCAGCUUUGACAUUUUCCUUAUGUAAAUACCUUCAUUCCAUUUCAUGCAAGACAGGUUUGGCAAAUGUGGAUGUUUUGGGUAGUUUUGACAUCGAAGUUAUGCCAUCUAAGGACAAGUGCUAGCUGAUGAAUAAUUUAUUCACUUAAAUUUCAGAAGAGACCAUGUAAAACUAGCUGCCACAAAAAAAAAAAAAA